GAAAGCUGUGAGGAACCUCAGCUAGCGACCACUGAGGAGUCACCGAUGGAAACUGGCCCCGACACCGGCCAAACAGAGAGCUCAGCAACGAAACUGAGCGAGGAGGAGGUGAAGGAGAUUGAGGAGGAGGAUAACAUCACCCCACUCUCGGAGAAAUACCCAGAGCCCGGGAGGUAUUUGAAGCUAGGGGAGCCAAUCGGGCAGGACCCCAACGGAGUCGUCUACAUUGGAUGGCACCAAAGAAAACAACGGGAAGUGGCCAUAAUUAUAAUUCAACAUCAGAAGAAGCAACAGGAGAUCAAGAAAGAAGUCGAAAUCCUGCAAAUUGUAUCUGGCCACCGGAACAUCGUCGACUUCUAUGGGGCCUUUUAUCAUAAGGCCUCAUUGGAAACAUCACAGCAUGGAGGACUAUGGAUUGCUACAGAGCUUUGUACCGGUGCGACUGUAGAAGAGCUAAUUGCCACCAAAAGGACCUUAGGCGAAAGAUGGAUCGCCUAUAUUUGCAAGAAUGUGAUAACGGGCCUUAACCAUCUGGAAGAGAAGAAUAUAAUCCAUCACGACAUCAAGCCCGAACACAUUGUCAUCUCCUCAUCCGGAGAGGUGAAGAUCGGCGAGUUUUGCUUUGCGACCAUCGGAGGAAGGAGCGCCAGCACUUCGGGGACCAUGGCAUACAUGGCUCCGGAAGUACUGGCUCAUUUUGCCCAAAACAGCGGCGAAUAUGACCAUAAGGCUGACAUCUGGUCACUAGGGAUUGCAGCCAUUCAAAUGGCGGAAGGACAUCUCCCAUUCAGAAGACUUCCCAAGCAGAAGCUGAUCCAGCGAAUAACAACUGGUCCAGUUCCAUCAUUACCAUCAAGGGGCAAUUGGAGUGACGAGUUCCGCUUCUUCAUCAGCGAGUGCCUGCAGAGAGACCCAGGCAGGAGACCAUCUGCAAGGCAGCUCCUCACGCACCCUUUCAUUGCCGAGCUCCGGGGUGAAAGGGGGGUGCAGAGGAAUAUCGCCCAACACCUGCACAGAGGUAGGGGAACUGCUCAUUCUCAUUAUAGUUCAUGUGAUGCACAGACUGUAAUCAUUUACUGUUCCCAUUCCUACAAUAUUCUCCUGCUUUCCUACAUACAAUAUCAUUCUAUAACUAAAGCCACCAAGAAUAAAGACUAAGAUUGGAUUAGGGCAGAGCUCACUAAACUGGGCUAAAUCUACAGGAGAGACAAACAUCUGAGAGGGGAGAACAUGUUAUUAUUAGACAGUUGUAGUUGGCCUUUAAAUUAGCAGCAAAAGGGAACGUGAUAUAAAACAUGCAUAUAAAUGCAAAGAGUAACAAGGAACAAAUUGCAGAAUUAUUAUAUACUCACCUACUCCAUGGAUAACACUGAACAAUCUCUCCUUAGGAACGAGGCACUGAAACGAGAACAACGAGGCAGCCAUCGGGGGAGGGUCGGGGGCAUAAAUAGGGGGCCUAAUUACCAUCCUUGGGCCCCCAC